AUUUUUCUUUUCAACGUCAGUCAUCACUUUCUAAAAAAGUCAAAAUCCCUAAUACUAUACAAAAACUUUCUUAAUUCAAGGUCUAGGGUUUCUUUUUGUGCUUUGCAGAUCCAUUUCCUUCUUGUUUUCCGUGUUAUGAUUGAUUAAAAUGUCAGAUAGUAAUCAUUUAGAGGACGAAGCACUCCAAAAUGGAGAUCAUCUUCAAGAAGAAGAAGAACCAGAAACAAAAAAAAUUGAACCUGUUCUUGACGUUAAUCAGGGAUCAGAAGAGGCUAAUUCUCAUGUGGAGAGUAAAGAAGAUAUGUUUCUUGAUGCAACUGAUGAUAUUGAAGAGACUCAGUCUCAAGAAAUGGAUAAUAAUACUGAUAAUGAGGUUACCCUAGAUAAUAAUAUUGAAGUAACUGUUUCUGAAGAUUACAAGGAAGAGCAAGAGGAUUUUUCCGUGGAAGUUGCUAAUCUGCUCCAUGAGCUUAAGUUUUUGAGUAAUGGUGAGAAUUCAGAAGUGUUGGUGGGCGGCGUUGGCAGUGGUUUGCUGAGGGAGAUGCUGAGUGAGUGUUCUCGGUAUGUUAAAGUUUCAUUAGAACACAAGUUGCAUAGCGAGAACACGAUAAGGGAGCUUCAACGACAGAUUGAAGAGCUUAAUUUGAAGGUUCAGGUGGAGCAGAGUGUUGAUAUUGUUGCUGAUAGGAUGAUGGGUGUUCUUAGCAUGGUGGUUAAUCAAGAGGAGUUGUUGGAUUAUUCUGUUGUUGGGAAAGUUGCUCAUGUUGAAAGAAGUACUUCUAUGUUGGUGGAACAGUAUAAAUGGUUUCUUUACGAAGUUGAUCAACUCAGGCUGUGUUUGAUAGAGGGUGGAUUCAGUGUUGGGCCGCAUGAGGAGUUUGGGUAUCCAUCAGUUUUUGCUGUUGCUCGUAGUGAGUUGCAGGAGAUCGCGAAAGCAAAAGCAGAGAUGCUGGGGAAAAUAAACUAUCUAGAGGAUGUGAAUCGGAAAUUGGUUGAGGAAGUCGAGAAGGAGAAAGCAAUGGCCGAGACUGUGAACUCAGAAUUUGAGAAGGUAAAGGUGGCACUUGAGCAGGAAAAGGUAAGGUGUGCUAACGCCAAAGAAAAGCUUGGUAUGGCUGUGACAAAAGGGAAGGCUCUGGUUCAGCAGCGGGAUUCACUAAAGCUCUCGCUGGCUGAGCAAACAAGCGAGCUCGAGAAAUGUUUGGUUCAAUUGAAAGAGAAGUCGAAUGCUGACGAGGCUGCUGAGUUAUGCAGGGCGGAGCUGGCCAAAUGUGAAAAUUUGGUUGCAUCAUUACAAGAAGCACUUACACAAAAGAGUGCAGUUCUUGAAAGCUGUGUGGAAGCUUUAUCUCAAACCAGUGUACCUGAGGAACUUCAAUCGGUGGAAAUUACAGAGAAAUUUAGAUGGCUUGUAAAUCAGGUUGCAUCACUGGAGAAAACAGUUCUGGAAAAGAAUGCACUUCUCCAAAAUUUUGAAGAAAUUUUGUCUCAGACUAGUGUAUCAGAAGAAAUAGAGUCAAUGGAUGUGAUUGCGAGGCUGAAAGGGCUUGCAAAUUUGGUCAAAUCAUUGCAGGAAAUGAUUUCACAAAGAAAUAAAAUUCUCAUCAGUCUUGAAGAAAUAUUUUCAGAGAUCAAUGCACCAGCUGAAUGUCAAUCGAUGGAUGCAGUGCAGAGGCUCAAAUGGAUUUUGGAGGAGAGAGAUGCACUUAAGAGUAAUUUGCUGGAAUUCCACAGAUUGAAAGAUGCUUUAUCUUUGAUUGAUCUUCCUGAAACUGCUUCAUCAUCUGAUUUGGAAACUCGGAUUAGUUGGCUUAAGGAUUCAGUUAAACAGGAAAAAGAUGAAAUACAUAAGCUGCAGUAUGAGAUUGCUAGAGUACAGGCUGUUGGGCAUAAGGUGAUUGACCAGUUAAGUGGUACUCUUGUAGCAGAAUUACAAGAAAAGGAAUAUAUUAAAUCAGAGCAGGCUGAGCUAGCGCUUAAGUAUGAAGCAAUUUCUCAAGAAGCAUGCAAAGCUUUAUGGGAGAAGGAUCAGAUGGUAAGGCUGUUGUUGGAGGGUUCUGGAAUGGAAGAGACUGUUUCUGACGUGGCUAUGCUCAUUGAGAGAUGCUUCGCGAAGAUAAAAGAACAAAGUAGUACUUCUUUUAAUUUAUCUUCUGCUGAUGCUGAUGUUUUUGAAAGAAUGCAGAGUCUCUUGUUUGUGAAGGAUCAAGAAUUGGUUCUCUCUAAGAAACUCCUAGAAGAAGAUUUGCUGGCGAGAUCAGAAGUAAACAAUCUCUCUAAUAACUUAAGAGCGGCAUCCACAGAACUAGCUGAACUGAAGGAGGAAAAAGAUUCUCUACAGAAAAAUCUUGAGCGAGCAGAAGAGAAAUUUGCUCUGUUAAAGGAGAAAUUGUCCUUGGCAAUAAAGAAAGGUAAAGGAUUGUUUCAGGAUCGGGAAAACUUGAAACUUACUCUGGAUGAAAAAAAUUCAGAAAUUCAGAAGCUGAAACUGGUACUACAGAAGCAAGAAUCUGCAGCUACUGAGCACAUGGAUCAGAUAAGUAAAUUGUCUGCUUAUCUAGAACAAGUCCCAGUGUUAGAGGCUAAGCUACUAGAUGCAAAAAGUCAACAAAAUCAAGUUGAGCAAUUCUUACUGGAGAGCAACAACAUGUUACAUGGGGUGAUUGAAUCAGUUGAUCGUAUUGUUCUUCCUACUGAUUCAGUUUUUACAGACCCCGUAGAAAAAGUGAACUGGCUUGCACGCUACAUUAAUGAAUGCCAGAGUGCCAAGUCUUGUGCUGAGGGAGAGUUGGGUGGAGUCAAGGAAGAAAUGGCCAUUGUGGCUAGUAAAUUAGCCGAAGCACAAGAAAGUAUAAAGUCAUUGGAAGAUGGACUGAUAGUGGCCGAGAGCCACAUAUCUCAACUGACGGAAGAGAAGCGGGGAAUAGAAAUUGCUAAGGAAAAUGUCGAGGAGGACUUGCAAAAGGUAAAAGAAGAAGCUCAUGCUCAAACCAACAACUUUAAUGAGGCUUGUGAAACUAGAAAGUCUCUUGAAGAUGCAUUGUAUGUUGCAGAAAAUAACAUUUCUUUGAUUGUAAAAGAAAGAGAAGAGUCUCAGCUGAGCAAAGCUGCGACAGAAGCUGAACUAGAGAAAGUGAGAGAGGAGGUUGCUGUUCAAACUGAGAAGCUGUCAGAGGCUUAUAGAAAUAUAAAGUCUCUUGAAGAUGCAUUAUCUCAGGCAGAGGCCAAUGUUUCGUUGCUCUCUGAACAAAACAAUCAUCUGCAGGUUGGAAGAACUGAUUUGGAUAAUGAACUGAAGAAGCUAAAAGAAGAAGCCGAGUCCCAUGGCAGUGGGCUGGCAGAUACAGUUUUGACUAUGAAUCAACUGGAAGAUGCUCAACUGAGCAGAGCUUCGAUGGAGGAUGAGGUAGAGAAAUUGAGAGAUGAAGUUGCUGUUCAAACGGAGAAGCUGACAGAAGCUAAUAUAACUUUAAAAUCUCUUGAAGAUUCACUCUCUCAGGCUGAGGCCAAUGUCUCUUUGCUUUCUAAACAAAACAGUCAUUUCCAGGUUGAAAGAACUGAUCUGGAAAAUGAGCUAAAGAAGCUAAAAGAAGAAGCCGAGUCACAAGCCUCUCUAACUAUGAAGCAACUGGAAGAUGCUCAAGCGAGUAAAGCUGCUUCAGAGACUGAACUGCAGAAAAUGCGAGAAGAAGUUGCUAUUCAAACUGAGAAGCUGAAAGAGGCUUAUGAGUCUAUACAGUCUCUUGAAGAUGCACUUUCUCAUGCAGAGGAAAAUGUUUCUCUGCUUUCUGAACAAAACAUUUGUUUCCGGGCAGAAAGAACUGAUUUGGAGAAUGAACUAGACAAGCUCAAAGAAGAAGCUGAGUCACAGACUAGUAAGUUGGCGGAUACCGCUGCAACCAUGAAAUCACUGGAAGAUACUUUGACAAAGGCAGGAAACAAGAUUUCUGUGCUUGAAGGCGAAAAAAGAAUUGCUGAGCAGGAAAUCUUUGCACUUGAGUCCAGAUUGAAGGCAUGCAUGGAUGAAUUAGCUGGAACCAAUGGCAGAAUAGAAAGUAGGUCCACUGAACUCAUCCAUCAGCUUGGCGACCUUCAAAUGCUCAUUAGAAACGAGAGUCUGCCAUCCAUGGUCAGGCAACAUUUUGAAAAGGAAAUGGAGAAGCUCAGAAAGAUGGACCUAAUUUUGAGAGAAAUAAAGGCCCGUUUUGUUGACAAAAGUUCAGUAGUCCUGCCAAAUCACUCUAACACUGAGGAAGAUUUGCUCGUGACUACAAAACCUUUCCUUCAUGACAUUGGUAACACUGUGGACAUACAAAUGGAUGAUGGCGAUUUGAAUGUUGCAGAUAUUGACAACAUUUCCAAGCUUUUUAAGAAAACUAUUGAGGGGUUCCAAUUGCAAAACGCAAAUCUUGCAGGCAAUUUUGAAGGCUUCUCUACCUUCAUAGAUGAGUUUAUUGAAGCUCUGUUAAUAAAACUAAGGGAAACCGAUGAUGCAGUAAGUAAUAUCUUUGAGCACAUUGAUUCCGUGGACCAGAAAAUGAAGAAUAUAGAAAUAAAUAAAUGGGAACAAGAUGAAAGAAUUGACGUGUUAGAAAAAGAUUGUAGAGUUUUAUUGUCUGCUUGUACCAAAGCCAUAAACAAAUUGCAGUUUGAGACCAAGAACAGUCUCAUGGACCUGAACUCUAUUCCUGAGCUUGCAAAGUUGAAUCAUAGUACUAAUCCGGAAGUAACUGAAGUUGUUGUUGAUGACAUGGACCAUGGAAGCAGAUAUGACAAUAUGGCAGAGAAGUUGUUAUUGGCUACACAAAAGGUUCACGCUGUCGCUAAACUAUAUGAGAGCUCAAGCAAUGUGGCAGCUUUCACAAUUGAAGAUUUGCAAGAGAAAUUAAGAGAAAGUAAAGCAGCUUAUGAAUAUGCCAUAGACAAAAGGGAUAAGAUUCAGAGUAGAGUUUCUGAGCUAGAGGCAAAAGUUGAAGCCUUAGAGGAGAAUUUGAAAGAGAAAGAUGAGCUUGUGCAUAAAAAUUUCACGAUGGAAGAACGAGAACAAGACGAUGUUAUUAUGUCGCCAUCUGAAUUGAAAACUCUCCUUGAUAAGAUAAGGAAGGUUGAAAUUCCUUUUAUAGAGUCAGAAGUUGAGGAUAUUAAGUUCCAGAAUCCUGUUGGCGUACAAAAGCUAUUUUACAUUAUUGAUAGUGUACCUGAGUUGCAUCAUCAAAUGAUUACAUUAUCCCAUGACAAAGAGAAGCUACAAUCAAAUCUCUCGAUGCAGGUUCUUGAAACUGAACAUCUAAAGGAGGAGAUUGAAUUUCUCACUGAAAACAAGCAAGAUUAUGAAAAGAUAAAGACUGAAAUGUCUGAGAUAACAUUGGGUUUGGAGAAAAUCCUCAAUACUUUGGGCGGUAGUGAAAUUGUCGGAGACCAAAAAUCUACUAAUGUGCAGAGACUUUUGCCGCAAGUAGAAAAACAGAUCACGGCCUUGACUUGGGAAGCUAAAAGUUCAAAACUCCAAACUCAAGAACUUGGCUCAAGGUUGCUUGGGAGCCAGAAAAUCAUAGAUGAUUUGUCAACCAAGGUUAAAUUGCUUGAAGAUUCAUUUGGAAGUAAAACUGUUCCACCAGAGGUUGUUCAGGAAAGAAGCAUCUUUGAAGCACCUCCACUGCCUACUAGCUCAGAGAUAUCUGAAAUUGAAGAUGUGGAUUCAGUUGGAAAGAAUGGGAUAUCUCCAGUUGCCUCCGCUGCUCAAUUGCGAACCAUGCGGAAAGGGUCGACUGACCAUCUUGUUCUGAAUGUGGAUUCAGAAUCUGCUAGUCUGAUCAACAAUAUAGAAACUGAUGAUGAUAAAGGUCAUGUGUUCAAGUCUCUCAACACAUCAGGUCUGAUUCCCAAGCAAGGGAAAUCAGUUGCAGAUCGAGUUGACGGAAUAUGGGUUUCGGGUGGUCGAGUUCUAAUGAGUCGACCGAGAGCGAGACUGGGAGUUAUUGUCUAUUGUCUACUGUUGCAUCUAUGGAUUUUAGGAACCAUAUUAUGAAAAGUGGGACAAUUACAUCUCUAAAUCAAACUGGCAGCAAUUCUUGUACCUUGUGUCAUAGAUAUUUUUUUUCUUUUCCACAUUCUUUUCUUCCUCCCAGUCCCAAAUAUGUUGUUUAUAUGCAGUCUUACCCUCAUGGAUUCUCUGUAAUCAACUUUUAGGGUUCAGAGAAUUGUAACCUCAAAUAAUACAUAGUUCUUUUUAGACAUAUUUUUUUUA